UCUGCGCUGUGAUGCUUAAGUGUGUGAAUGUUUCACAAACUGCACGUUUCAAGUCUUCAAUUCUUGGGUGACUCUGCACAUUUCACAUUUUUGAAACGCUCGGCAAAUUGUAAGAGACCUGAGAUUUACUGAAGAAAAAAAGAAAUACUGUAUUUGACACGAAAGAAGACAAGCUUCUUGGUGGCCAUGUAACACAUGAGGAGAAUGAGUCAAAGGAGACGGUGAGCUCUAAAAAGUUACUGGUUGAAGAAGGUGUGAGGGUACAGGUGUCAAAGGUCUGCCUGACUUCUAUAGUUACAUGAGAAAUGUCAAAAUGAUUUUACAACACAGAACAGGACAAUGCAAAUGCAUCAAUAAGUUUUCAUAUUCCAAUGAUGUCCUGAGAGAAAAGGAAGAGAAAGUGGAGCCAGUAUUAGGAUGUGCAACCAUUUUCAAUCAACACAAGAUACGCAAGGAAUUGAGCAGAAAUGAUCAUCCCACUGAAGUGGCUGGCAACUGAACAGCAGUAAGCGCUCUGCAGGAGCGAAAGCAUCAACAUGCGCAUCAGAAUGAGGCGCGCUGUUCUAUUCAUUUGCUGUGCUGUUCUUACCAUGAUGGUCUUUCAUCUCGGCCAACAAAUUUGGAAAUGUCAACAAAUGAUAAACGAGGAAGGGGGCUGGUAUCAAGGCAGACGAACACAUGGUAUGAUGAAACCAGAAUCCGAGGAAAUGAUCAUGCACAAUUCACGGAAUGUGGAAUACCGCUACAGUAAGAACAUGCCUAUCAUCUUCAUCGGUGGCGUGCCGCGAAGUGGGACCACGUUAAUGCGAGCCAUGAUGGACGCUCAUCCUGAAAUCCGCUGUGGCGAAGAAACACGGAUCAUCCCCCGGGUGCUGACCAUGCGCCAGAUGUGGUCUCGGUCGGAGCGGGAAAAGAUGCGCUUGAAUGAGGCGGGGGUCACGGACCAAGUCAUAGACUCUGCGUUGCAAGCCUUUAUUUUGGAAAUCAUUGCAAAACACGGGGAACCUGCCAAAUACUUGUGCAAUAAGGAUCCCUUCACAUUGAAGUCUCUAACUUAUCUCUCCAAACUGUUUGCACAGUCUAAAUUCAUUCUGAUGAUCCGGGAUGGCCGGGCAUCUGUGCACUCGAUGAUCACAAGAAAAGUGACAAUUGCUGGAUUCGAUCUGAACAGCUACAGAGAUUGUAUAAUCAAAUGGAACAAGGCCAUUGAGAUCAUGUAUGGACAGUGUAUGGAUGUGGGGCCUUUGAGGUGUCUCUCUGUUUAUUAUGAACAGCUUGUAUUACAUCCCAGAAAGUCCACGGAGACGAUCAUGAAAUUCCUCAAUAUUCCGUGGAACGAUGCAGUUUUACAUCAUGAAGAACUAAUCGGAAAGGCUGGAGGAGUGUCGCUUUCCAAAAUAGAGCGAUCCACCGACCAGGUUAUCAAGCCGGUUAACCUGGAGGCUUUGAGCAAGUGGGUGGGACACAUUCCCGACAAUGUAGUGCAGGACAUGGCACAGAUAGCACCCAUGUUGGCCAAACUCGGAUACGAUCCUUACGCCAAUCCGCCAAAUUAUGGAGCUCCUGACGCACUAGUAGUUAAUAACACCAAAAGGGUCAUGAAAGGUGAUUUUAAAACACCGGCCAAUUUGAAAGAACCUCUACCGGUAAAGCUGAAUGUUUCAACAAAUGGAUUGCAGUGAUAUCUGGAUACAGGUUCAUAAGAUGUAGCUGCCAGAAAAAAAAAUGCGGAAUCUAAAGAAAUGAAUGAAAAAAAAGAGCCAACAAAACCUCUUACAGCCUUAUAUCUGUUCCAACCAGUGGUGUCUGAUUAAGGGGGUAUGCCUGUGAUUCUCUUCACUGAACUGGAAUGUUUUCAUAAUGGAUAUAUUAUUGAUAUGUCCUUCUUCAAAGCAGGCUUGGUUCAUUGAUUCCGAGAGAAACUCAUCAGUACAAUGAUUAUCUGUCUGUAUUCUGACCGUGUCGAUAGUUUAAGCACGUCUCCAAUGUGAUUUUUUUUAUAUACAGGUGCAUUUUCUCCAAGUAUUUUAUAACAGAUUGGGGGAGGGGGAUGCUUCAAACUGCUGUGUUACUUUAUAUGACCACUGGGACAGUCAAGAAUGUGUAUUCGUUACGAUUUUCCUGCUAAACCAUGCCUGACAAUGAAUACACCCGUCAGUAAAAGAAUAGUGAAGAAUUCUUAAAAGUGGAAACUCCAAAGUUUGAUAGAAUAAUGGGGAAUUAAUAUUUCAAAUGAGGGACAAGUGCAGUAGUUUAUUCAUCAGCCAACCUAUAGGUUGGUAAGUGUUAAAUCCACAGAUAGCCAUCUGGUAUUAUUUAUACAUUUAGACUAUAAUGAUUUUUUAAA